AUGGUUGAGCAGGAAUAUCGCACAGCCUUCUCUCUCGACGAUAUGUCUGAUAUACAAUUGCCAUGGAAUAAUCGUCCUGAUUACCAGUUUUAUCACCAAGCGCAAGUCAAUACGCUCUACAAAAGAAAAGCAGAUAAGGUUCAACCCGUGAACUCGACUGAUUCUGAUGGAACGAUCCCGGUUGGUCAUCCUGAUUGGCAGCAUGAAUGUCUCAAGAAAUACCAUACACAGUACCGCGCAUCGGAUAUUCGAACAGAAUUCGAUCAUUUGCUGAAGCCUCGUAUCUCUGUAAUUGCAAGGGGAGCUCGCCUUACCCCUGAACGAGAAAUAACCCUGUUGGUGGGAAAGGAAUUGCUACCGCGUGAAAGAGCACUUUUUCGAGAACUCCUGUUCAAAAGAGAAGGGGUACUAGCCUGGGAAUGGGAGCAUGUUCAGAGAAUACGCAAUGAAGUAAUGCCUCCGCAACGCAUUAAGACUGUUCCUCAUGAAGCGUGGCAACACCCAGGAUUCAAGAUUCCUCAUGCCCUGAAUACCACGGUUAUCAAAAUGCUGCGUGAUCGACUACGAAAAGGUGUUCUCGAACCUUGCGAUGGCCCAUAUCGAAACCCAUGGUUUCUUGUCGGCAAGAAACAAACUGGCAAAUAUCGAAUGGUCAAUGCAGCUAUGUUAAUCAACAAAGUGACCAAGCGAGAUGCCAACAUGCCCCCGAUAGCAGAUGAAUUUGCAGAGGAAUUUGCAGGAAUGGCAAUAGCAUCUUUGGUUGACCUCUUCUCUGGGUAUGACCAGAUAGAGUUACACAAGGAUGACCGAGAUAUGACGGCUAUUCAAACUCCCCUUGGCCUACUUCGUCAAACUACAAUUCUCCAAGGCGCAGCGAAUUCAGUUGCGCAGUUUCAACGAGUGAUCUCUGUCAUUUUGCAUAGCAUUUUCGGCACAAAGGCGCGUUCAUUUCUUGACGAUGUUGCGGUUAAGGGCCCACGAACAACGUACAAUGAAGAGUUUAUGGAAGAAGGGAUUCGCCAAUAUGUCCUUGAGCACAUUCAGAAUCUCGAUGAAGCGCUGUAUCUUCUGGAAUUGGCCGGAGCGGUUAUCUCGGCCGAAAAGUCUCAGUUCAUGAUGAAAGGAAUCGAAGUCGUUGGAUGGGUUUGUGACAUUAACGGCCGGAGACCUAAUGAAGCGAAAGUAGCAAAGGUUGCACAGUGGCCUACUCCGCUAUCCAAGGAUGAACUCCGCUCGUUUGUUGGUCUCGCCGUCUACUUCCGCAUCCUGAUUGAGAAAUUCCAGAUCAUUAUGAAGCCUCUCUAUGAGAUACUACGCAAGAAUGCCCAUUUUGUGUGGAUGGAGGCACAUCAGGUGGCUUUUAAGGAGAUAAAGCUACGUCUUUCAGAAUUUCCCUCAGUGCUGCCUAUCGAUUAUGACUUUCAUCCUUUCCUUAUGAUUGUUGCUGCAGAUGCUUCUAUAAAAGGAUGGGGCGGAGUACUCAUGCAGGUUCGAAAUGGUGUCCGUAAGCCGGCACGAUAUGAAUCAGGCGUUUGGUCAGAUGCUGAAUCAAAAUAUGAUGCGGGAAAAUUGGAAUGCCGUGCCGUUUUGAAGGCAUUCAAGAAGUUCCGCCAUUGGCUGUACGGAGUGCACUUUGUCUUGGAAACCGAUGCCAAUACGUUGGUUGCACAAUUGAACCGUACGGCAACAGACCUCCCUGGCGCCCUGGUCACUCGCUGGAUAGCGUGGAUUCAGCUUUUCGAUUUCGAUGUGAAACAUGUUCCUGGCACUAGUAAUGGUGCUGCGGAUGCUUUGUCCCGUCGUCCACCAACUAAGGAGGAUCUGCGUGAAAGGGACCAAGAACAGAAUAUUGAUGACUUUGUUGAUGCAGAAGUCCUGCAUCUUCACGCCAGCUGUUGUCCUGUUACUAUUCAUGUCGAGAAUCCUGGUAAUCCUGAUGCCAAUGUACUGCACGAAGGAUACUCGGCCGAAUCUGAGCAAAUUGCAAGAUACCUGACCAGUCUUCACAGGCCGGAUCGUAUGGGUUUGUCGGAAUUCUAUUCAUUCAAGAGAAAGUGUAUGAAGUUUGUUGUCCAAGAGCGUCAUUUGUUCCGACGUGUCAAGGGUAAUACCGAAUUGCUCCGCAGGGUUCUGGACCAAGAGAAAGACCAGCAAUAUGCGUUGAAAAGCACCCAUGAUGAUCUUGGUCAUAAAGGACGAGAGGCAACAUAUGCUUUGAUCAAGCAUCGAUAUUGGUGGUCUCGUGCAUACGAGGAUGCAGCAAAAUAUGUCAAAACCUGUUCACUAUGCCAGGCAAGAGCUCCAAAUCGUCUUCGUGAACCUGCCAUUGUCACACAACCGCUGUUGCUUUUUGACAAAUGGUACAUUGAUACAACUCGAAUGCCCCCAGAGGAUGGUGAAGGUGUUGUCAUUCAGGCGAGAGAUUCUGUCAGCGGGUGGCCAGAGGCAAGAGUGUUGCAUUCUGCAAGAUCAGAGAGCGUUAUUCAAUUCAUCAAAGAAGACAUCAUUAGCCGUCAUGGAGUUCCCCGGGAGAUAGUGAUCGACAUGGGACCUGAAAAUCGUGGAGGUUUGACAGCCUUUCUAGAACGUGAACAAAUAUCGAGAGUCAAAAUCUCCGCAUACCAUCCAGGUUCUAAUGGUCCUGUGGAGCGUGCGAUGCGAACAAUGAAAGACGCACUCUCAAAGAUAACAGAAGGUUACCCGAUUGACAAUGCGACUCGGCAACACAGGAGACCAUGGAGACCACAUUUCUAUUCUGUUUUGAUGGCGGAUCGUUUUACUGUCAACGCAACUACUGGGAUGAGCCCGUUCUUCUUUCUUUAUGGGAAGAAUCCAAUUAUACCGAUUGAAUUACAAAUGCCUACCUGGAGCAUGCUGCCAUGGCAUGAGGUGCAAGAUCGAAAGGAUUUGCUAGCAAUGAGAGCGCGCCAAUUCGAGAAGCGCGACCAGGAUAUCGAGGAAGCAAUUCUCCGCAUGCGUCGCCUGAAAGAAGCAAAUGCGCACUUCUUCGACGAACAUCAUCUGCUUCGGUAUGAGCGAUUCGAAAAGGAUGAUCUUGUUCUCCUACACAAUUCCAUUCGCGGAAUGGACCACAGUUCGAAAACGAAACUGCAGUUCCGUUGGCUGGGACCUUAUCGUAUUCAUGCAGUCAAGAGCAGUUCGUAUUUGCUAAGUGAACUGGAUGGCACAGUGCUGCAAGACCUGACUCAUCAACCGGAGUCAUUCAAUGGCGAUCGACUGAAGAAGUUUUAUUCUCGACAUGACCUGAACGGCCAUGAAGGAUCCUCAUCCUUGCCACGGCGUAACCCUAUCGGACGUCCAAGAGGUCAAAGAAGUCGCGGUAGUGGCCGAGGACGACAGCAGCAUGAAGAACAGGUCGAAACGUCGCGUGUACAAUUGCCACGACGGCGAGGAAGGCCAUCGCUGAGAAGAACAGGAAGAUAG